AUGGGAUCACAAUGUACUAAUUGCAGAUGCGUCAAUACUAAAAAUGAGAUACUUAAAACUGUAAGCUAUAUAAAAUUAUUUUGAUAGUAAGAUAAUGUGACUUUAGCAACUUCUGAUUCUUCUUCUGUACAUUAAAAAAAAAUAAAAAAAGCUAUCGUUAUUUAAUCGUAUUGGAGAGGAUACAUAAUUCGUAAAAAGUUGAAAUUAAUGAAACUAAAGAAACGUGAAACUUUAAAUAGUUAUAAUUCUAAAAUGGAUGCCAGCGAGUUUUUCUUUUCGUCUGGUGUUACUUUGAAUCAAGAUGAAUUUCCAUAAGAAGAGAGAGGACCUCAUAAGUAUAAAGAUGUCUUAUAAGAUUUAAAGGAGGAGCUAUAUAUACGGGACAAUGGAAAGGUAAGGCAAGAGAUGGUUAUGGAAUAUAAAUUUGGCCUGAUGGAGCAAAAUAUGAAGGAAUGUGGAAAUAUAAUAAGGCUCAUGGAAAAGGCAAAUUUCAGCAUGCAAAUGGAGAUGUUUUUGAUGGAGAAUGGGAAAAUGAUACAGCUAAUGGCUUUGGAAUUUAUUAACAUUUUAAUGGUCCUAAAUAUGAGGGAUAAUGGUUUUGUGAUUAAUAACAUGGUUAUGGUGUAGAAACUUGGUCAGAUGGGUCAUAGUAUUAAGGGUUUUUUUAAAAAGGAUUAAAACAUGGAAAAGGAAAGUAUAAGUGGGCAGAUGGAUAAGUUUAUGAUGGAGAUUGGUAUAAAAAUAAAAUACACGGUAGAGGAAUCCUUAAAUGGCCUGAUGGUAGAAGAUAUGAAGGAGAAUUUUAAAAUAAUAAUAUGCAUGGAAGAGGUAUUUAUUUGUGGCCAGAUGGAAGAAAAUAUGAGGGUCAUUAUUUUAACGAUCAAAAACAUGGUUAUGGAAUAUAUUAAUGGAGUGAUGGUAGAAAGUAUGAAGGAGAAUGGGAAAAUGGAAAAUAACAUGGUAAAGGAGUGUAUAUAAAUGGAGAGAUUGAAAAGGCUGGAGAAUGGUAUUAAGGAAAAAGAAUUAAAUGGGAUUCAGAUAGUAAUGCAUGA